GGACUAGGAAAUACUGGAUUUACUCAUCAACAAGGUCUGUGCUGUGCGUAAAACCGCGCCGAGAUUUCUCCUGCUGCUUCAAGUCCGGAUCUCAGUAUGAACUCCUUGAAUUUCUGCGGCCCGUCCCGUGGAGGUGUGUACCCUGUCCACGGAGUGAACUCCAUGCUGAUGGAGCUGCACCAGCAGAUGGCGGAGCAGUACCACAUUUACUCUGCAGCUAGCCCUGCAAUGCACACUCUGUCUGUGGCUGAGAGGCUGGCAGAGCUGAUUCUGGAGGCUCGGUAUGGAAACCAGCAGAAGCAGCGUCGCAGCCGCACAGCGUUCACCGUGUCCCAGCUGCAGGCUCUGGAGAAAGCCUUCCAGCAGACGCAGUAUCCAGACGUCAGCAUGAGGGAGAGGCUGGCUGUGUGCAUAAAUCUGCCUGAGGCUCGCAUACAGGUGUGGUUCAAGAACAGAAGAGCAAAGUUUCGUAAAGGUCAAAGGUGCUCCCCGCUCUCUAGAGAUCCCAGUGUGGAGGAGGCGUCACCUCACACUAAGCUGGGCCAAAAGGACCAGACAGAGGACAAACAUGACAUCAGCACACCAACCACUGAUGACAACACACCUCCUCACCACUCUCCUCCUCCUCAUUUGCAUAAAACUCAGGACGUUUGCCCUCCUCUGACUCCUUCAGACUCUGAUGUCCCACGUUUCCCCCUCAGACUUCAAUCCCCUCCGCUUUUCCCCUUCAUGGCAGGAGAGAGAUACAACCAUCCGUCCCACCAGCCAGUUGUAAGCGUCCUGUCCACUGAUCUCACCCUCCCCCCGCUGUUCUGGCCCUUCAUACAGCAGCAGGGCUCCGGCCUGGGGGUUCCUCCGGCGUCGGUUAGUAAAAAACUGCCGCCUCUCCCUUCAGACUGCUUGUUCCGAUCUCCAGCGGACAUCAAACCCACAAAUUUCUUGUCGUCUCAGUCCCUGAUUUCUGGGUUGCCUCGCCUGCUGCUGCUGCCCUGCAACAUGGAGAGUAUCCACUGUGUCACUGAAGGCUGA